GGGGAAUCAGGAGGCAGACCUGUAGAAUUCAAGGACAGGAACUAAUUUCAGAGAUGUCAGUGGUCAGGAGCUAAGGCGAGGUUGAGAGGAACAACUGAGGAAAGAACAGACUUUGUGGUUAGGAGGUGUGGCAGGGUUGGGGUGAGGGGGGCUCAGAAGCCAGAUGCCAAGAUGCUAAGGACUAAAUGAGACCUAGUCUUACAGUUUGGCUCUGAAAGGAGAGGGGAGAAGAUAGUAACUUGGCAGUAGAUAGCAAGGCUGUGUUUUUGGUUUGUUUUAAAACCAAAGCAAACCCAAUCAUGUGACUGUUACGCUGUCUUGCCGUAACUGCAUUCCUUUCCCCAAAUGCCUGUGUGGUCACACUGGAGACAACACGUUUGAACCACUCUCACAAAUACUAGGCAAAGUCCUGACGACGCUCUUGUGAUUUAAAUGGACUGGAUGGGCACUGACAGUGAAUAUCUUGGAGGCAGCCCAUCCAGUAUUUCAUGUGCAUAUUAGUCAAGGGAGUUAACACGGUAGUAAACAUCCCCCAAGUCUCAGAGGCUUAACACAACAUAAGACUUAUUUCUCCCUCUUGUCACAGCCCAGUUAGAUGUUAGCAAGUAUUCUUCCAUGCAGGGACCCAAGCUCCUUCCCAACUGAUGGCUUCACUGUUUCCUAGGGCCUCAGUGUCCACUGGACCGUCUGUAUCCACAGAUGUACAAAGAGAGAGUGGAGACUCUCUAGGGGGUCUCAGGGGCCAGGCCUCCACUGGCCAACUCAGUCAAGUAUCCCAGUCGCUGCUAGGGAGCCUGGGAAAUGGGGUAGAGCAGUGUGCCCAGGAAGCAGAGGAGACCUACGAAUGCCGCUGAGCCACAGUAAGGGUCUUUGUUUUGUGUUUUUGUUUCCAAGCUCCUUCACUCCAGUAUAUAACAGUCUCUUCUUUUAAAUUCUAGCAGAAUUUGCUUUUAGUCCAGCCUACAGUGUCUCCCACUUCACUCACUCCACAAAUGUUUAUUAAGUGCUUAUUAUUUUUUGAGCACUGUGAAUACAAGUGUGUCACAUUCUACCAAGGAGGCAGAUGGGAGUUUAAAAAUUCAAUACAGUGAGACAAGUACUGUGUUCAUUAUGUACCAGCUAUGGGAACACAGAGGUGGAUUAAUCCUGCUCAGGUAGUUCAGGAAAGAUUUUGCAGAGGAAAUGGCAUUUGACCUGACUUGUUUAAUAGGAGUUCACUUGGCUCAGGAGUUGAGUUAAGGGGUGAAGAUGGAGGGAAUUCCAUCUUCCAGACAUGCCAGUCAAGAAGAAUAGCAUUUGCAAAAGCAUGAUGGGGUGAGGGUCCUUGGUGUGUUUGGAAAGCUUCAAGUCUUGAGUGUAGCUGGGGAUUGUGUGGGAGAGAUUGUUUAAAGCUCAGUUGAAUGGGUUAAGUUCGAGGCCAAUUCUUGAAAGAGUCUUUAUAUGACAUACUGUUGUGGGCAGAAUUGUGCCUGCCCAUACCCCCCAAAUCCUAACCCCCAGUAUCUAAGAAUGUGACUGUGUUUGGUGAUCGGGUCUUUACAGAGAUAAGUGAAAAUGAGGUCAUUCAGGUGGUCUCUAAUCCAAGAUGACUUGUGUCCUUAUAAGAAGAUGUAAUUAGGACCCAGACACACACAGAGGGAAGACCAUGUGAAGACACAGGGAGAAGGCAGCCAUCUACAAGAAGCCCUAGGUGACUGAUACACAUUACCAAAGAAUGGAACGGAGAGGAUGCAUUCCAGGGACGUCUUCGAGUCAGGAUCAGGGAUUCUUGGGGAAUGAGGCUUCCUUCCCCAGAGAAUGUGGAAUGUACAGUACUCCCAUCCUCAGGCUGUUUGAGUGGACUCAGUGGCUGAAUCACCCCAGCAAGAGUCUCUGGGGGUCCAUGAAACAGGGUGGUGUCCUGCUUCCUGGGAAAGACAAGACACCCCUCACCAUGGAAAGCAUCCCUACCAUUUCCUGUUCCCACUCAGACAUCAAAGUUGAUGGAUUUCGGAUAAAGAACCCUAUCUUUCUUCUUAUGACAACUUAUGUGGACCAUUGUGAAGGUCAUGGAAAGAUGAUGGAAUUUAAAGCAGCACUGAGAUGCUGCUCAAAGGAACAGGCUGAUUGGAAGGAGAGAAAUGGGAAAAAGUCAAACCCACGCAGACAGGGACGCCCGGGCAGCCUGAGACGACUGGAUGGGAAGGACAUGUCACACGGCGGGAACCUAGCAUGCCUUGAAAUCUGCCAGGGGAGCCUGGAGACAUUAUCAACCUGGGGAUGUUUGAAUAUACUUUCAUGGGACCAGUACAGCCUCACAGGGAUGGAAAAGGUCUAUGACAACUCCCAGGCAUCCUCCAGCCUCUGCUUUGGCUUGGGGCAGCUCUUCCUCACCACUCAGCUGGGUCCCCCAAGUGACCCAUGGCCCGGCCAGCCUCAUGACCUCCGUGGAGCUCUGCGAAUGUCCCCACGAGAGAUGGGUGUGCAGCAGGCCCCUCCCCAUCUACUGAGCACUCCUUUCCACACCUCCUCUCUGCUCCUCUUUGUGGGGGUUCCUGCAAAUUCUGUUCUAUAGGCAAGGGCAGAGUUGUGUUAAGAGCCCAGUCUAUGGUCUCUUUCCAACCUAGAGCAGAUAUUCUGGCUAAAACCAGUCUUUCAAAAUGGCAAGAAGUUAUUUACACCCUCGAAUAUGAGUCAGUGGAAAGACCAGAGACCUGGGUUCCAGUCUUUACAGUUUACUGCUCAUUUAGACUUUAGAUAGUAUAGGUUCUACCUGUGUCAGUGGGGACAAUGUUACAGUAUCAAAUGAGGUAACAUUGAAGGAACUAUAUAAGCCAAAGUGUCAGGUAAGAGUACUUACAUAUGUAUCUUUGGAUCCUGCAAGUUAGCUAAAGCAGUGUCAUCGUGGCUUCUGGGGAGAAGGGAAGACUUACAAGCACAACUAGAGAUGAUCUGCUUAUAUCACAAAUGUAUUUGGAAAUCAGUUAAUAAUGAAGAUUUUAUUGUUUAAGAGUAGGUCCCAAGUCCACGGUGGUCAUGUCACAUUUUUUUCUUUUAAAUGGAGGUACUGGGGAUUGAAUCCCGGACCUUGUGCAUGCUAAGCAUGUGCUCUACCACUGAGCUAUACCUGACCCCCUCAU